ACGGUCGCACGAUAGGUAUUGUAGUUCAGCGAUGUAAGAUAGUUACGUAGAGCGAAAGCAAGUCUUCGUAAGGGAAAGACUACAUUUCCCAGCAGCCGUGGGAAGAACAAGGCGCUGGGGAGAAGCGUUAGGACGGAUAGUAGUGGCCGGCCGGGAGCGCCUUGUGUUUAACCUGCGGGGGAAAGAAGAGGCCGCGAGAAGCUAUGGCGGUGGACAAAGAGCUGCUGGAGCUGGAUUUGUACGCGUUGUUGGGAGUCGGCGAGAAGGCGGCCGAUAAAGAGAUUAAGAAAGCCUACAGACACAAGGCAUUGACUUGCCAUCCAGAUAAAAAUCCAGAUAAUCCCAAAGCAGCUGAGCUCUUUCAUCAGUUGUCUCAGGCACUGGCAGUUCUAACAGAUGCAGCAGCAAGGGCAGCAUAUGAUAGAGUGAGAAAAGCCAAGAAACAGGCAGCAGAAAGAACUCAGAAACUUGAUGAAAGGAGGAAAAAAGUCAAGCUUGACCUUGAAGCCCGGGAAAAAGAAGCCCAGGCCCAAGUUAGCAAGGAGGAGGAGAUCCAAAUAACCAGGACAUUAGAAGAAGAGAUUCUGCGACUACGUGAGGAGGGAUCUCGCCAGCUGGAGGAGCAGCAAAAACUCAUCCAGGAACAAAUUCGACGUGAGAGAGAGCAGCGAGUACGAGGCAAACAAGAUGAGUAUGGAGAGGAGGGCAAAGGAACCCCCAAGCUCAAACUGCGAUGGAAGUGCAAGAAAGAAGAUGAGACAAAAGGAGGCUAUUCAAAAGAAGUUCUCCUGCAAAUCCUACAAAAGUAUGGUGAGGUUCUGAAUUUGGUGGUCUCAAGCAAGAAGGCUGGGAGUGCAGUUGUGGAAUUUGCCACGGUGAAAGCUGCUGAGAUGGCAGUAAAGAAUGAAGUUGGCCUGAUAAAUAAUCCCCUAAAGAUCUCCUGGCUAGAGGGUGAGCCACAGAACAUCACAGUGUUUUCUGAUGGUACCAUCCAGCCUCGAAUAACCAAGGGUUCUGUGGUUUCUGAGCGGGAUUAUGAAAGUCUUGUGAUGAUGCGGAUGCGCCAAGCUGCUGAGAGACAGAAGCUGAUUGAGCAGAUGAAACUAGAAGAUGAAGGGGAGUCUUGCACGUAGUAUAAGAAAAAAUAUAAUUCUCUUAUACUUUCACAUACUGCUUAAAUUAAGUCAAUAAAUACUCUUUUAAAACAUUUGUAGUUUUCUUGACCAAAUAAAUUGAUAAAGCGUAUAUUUAGUGGGAUAUUCAGCGUCUUGAUAUAUAGCUUUAAAAUGGGUUGGAGCUUUACUUGUCUUUUCCACUGA